GUUUGUUUCUACAGUCAGUGAGUGAAGAUGUCUGGACGUGGAAAGGGAGGCAAAGGCUUGGGCAAAGGAGGCGCAAAGAGGCACAGGAAGGUGCUCCGUGACAACAUCCAGGGCAUCACCAAGCCCGCCAUUCGCCGCCUGGCUCGUCGUGGAGGCGUCAAGCGCAUUUCGGGGCUCAUCUAUGAGGAAACCCGGGGUGUCCUGAAGGUCUUCCUGGAAAAUGUCAUCCGCGAUGCCGUGACUUACACCGAGCACGCCAAGAGGAAGACUGUCACCGCCAUGGACGUCGUCUAUGCCCUGAAACGACAAGGCCGCACUCUUUACGGCUUCGGAGGCUAAGUUUCUGAUACAAUUUCCUAAAAGCAAAACAAA